CUUGGUCUCCGUUUGAGAAUUCAUGUUCCAGUCAAAGAGUUGGAUUUCCAUGUUUCUUUCGCCUUUCUGUAAGACUUCUUCUGUGUUUCUCCACCCAUAAUGGACCAGUAUGAGAUGGAAACAUUCCCGUUGGAGUCGAUCACAAGACUGCAGCUACGGCAACUAGGUGAAGCUCUAUGGGAUUGGAAAAUAUGCAUCAACAAAGGAGACAGAGCAUCUAGGGCUGAGAUGGCAAAAUUUGAACCCUACUUCCAGUACUACAGAGAGUCAACGGCGUCCUACGUCUCUGAUGCUUUCCCACCGGACGAGGUUCAAGCCUUGCGAUCGCAUGGCGAUCUACAUGACAUUAUCGCGUUGAUCAAAUCCAAACCAGAGGCUCAGAGAACCGAAUUGAUCGAAGAAUAUUUUUCGAAGAGGCAAAUAGACAAGAGCACCGUGCCGGAAGACGAGAAGCAGGCCUUCAACCUUGCCAUCAAGGCCAUUCUGAUGGUCAGCUGCUCGUGCGAGGGUCAGGCUUGUGGCAGUAAUUCCAGCAUCUGGGAAAACGAGCAAUCUGCGCGAGAUCUGGUAUCGACUAUGUUCCCAGUGAGGGACCAUCCUGACCUCAAUGAGCCAGACGAUUCACUGCCCGAUAUCAAGUCAGCUUUGAAAGCAACAAGGCUCAAGAAAGUCGCUGGACUGUCGUUCCGAGGCACAGAUGACCUUCGAAACCACCUUCGGAUGGAUCUCAAGACUGGGGUCGUCGAGCUCUAUCACCAUACUGCCUUUUUAAAGGAGUGUCUCAAAGCCUCAAAAGAUACCAAUGUGGAGCCUCUCCUACCGCGGCAGCUAGCGCUAGAGACUCUAGACUCCCUUCAGAAUAUUCUUUUCCCUCUAGACAAGGAAUCGCGGGCUUUCCUGCGAUCCUUGGUUUCGAAAGCUUCCUUCGACCCCGACUGUCUCAGUCUCGGGUACCGGCCAUACCUCCGUGACUCCGAGAGAGAUAUUAGAUACCAUUACUGGGGUUCACGGUUAAUGGACCUGUACGACGAACUUGAGAACCCAAGACCUCGAAGACCUAUCUAUGUCUGGUUGGAACGGCGGAGUAAGGCUAGGCACGUGAUGCUAGCGACACUUUUUGGAGCGAUCAUUGCGAUUAUUCUUGGGAUACUGGGACUAGCUGUUGGUAUUUUCCAGGCUUGGGUAGCAUACGAAGCUUGGAAAUAUCCUGCGCAGGUAUAGACUGCUGUACUUGGCUUUGCGAAAAUUUUCAAGGUUCAACUUGCUGGCAAGCAGCAGCUGUAACUGCUCCUCGAGGCAAGAUCUGAUUUUAUUCAGGGCGAAAUUCAGAGCCACUGAGUUUAGAGAAUGAUGGACGUCCUUGCAAUGGCCCUCUAUCGAAUGUUUGAGGAGAUCGUCUGCUUCUUAAGUUGAUGGUGGGGAAAGCUCUAGCUUAGGUGGGGUGACCACGUUCCCCGCGCUCCCUCGGGUAACCGGCUGGCUUAUCAGUGCAGGCCUCAUCUUCAAUACGAGC